AUACAAAGGAGAAUAUAGGGAACGUAAUAGACGGUAUAAAUAAUGCCUGAAAUCACGCUUGGCAUUUUACAAUAAAUUUAACGAAAACAGAAGUCGGCCAUUUUAGUUUUAUGCUUGACGAAUUUUUAAUUUUCGUUGAGUUAUUUGUGAAUUUGUAUUUGUUUCUUUCUUGCGCAUGUAUUUACUGGGUAAAAUUCGAUUCGGUGGUGUAAGAAAAUCGAACGAACGCGAAGACCAUUCGUUAAAUUGAACAUUGUCGUACGGAACUUCUAGGCGUUUGGAAUAUUUUUCUGUUUGCAACGGCAAUUUUUGUACAGUGUUGCUUUUUUGUGGCUCCAGUGGUGUGUUCAUGAAGCAGUAGCAGUUAAAUAUUAAAAUCAUAAAGUUAUAUUCAUAGGCAAUACGGUGACAGUAAAACUAUCAAUUUGUAUAAAUUGUGAAAUCCUGCUUUGGCGUCGUUUUAACGCGUCGCGGUAGCUUUUAUUUUUGUGCCCUUCAUCAAAAAAUGAAUAAUCAGAUGAAUAACGCGGUUCGCAAAAUUCAUAAUUUGCACUCAAGCGGUGCGGUGACAGUUACCGGCCUCAACCAGCCUCGCAUAUUAAAACAAAAAGUAGGUUCUGGUAUUGUGACGUCCAGUAAUACACAUAAUCUGCAACAGAGCCAUGUAAAUAGCACAAACCGUUGCUACGUCUGCGAUGAUGCACUUAGUGCCAGUCAACAACAGAAUUUGCUCACCGAAACGCAGACAUCACAUACAGCGACAAAAUUUCCAAAUAAAAUUGGGCAACUUGUGGGUGAUGCUUUUAUGGUUAUAGUAAGCGUAGAUGAUGUGGUUUGCGCGCGUUGUACGAACCUGCUUAACUAUUUGGAUAGGUUGGAGAAUGAUGUGGAGCGUGUUCGAACCAACUUAAUGAAUCUACUUCAUAAGAAGUAUGGGUUGAAUGAUGACAGUGGUGGUGGUGGAACAUCACCACCAAUUAAAAUGCAAAAAUUAAAUAGUGGUGGAAUUACACGUACAGUCGAAGAUACCAGCAACGAUUUGGGGCGGGUACGUAAAGUAUUGCAUACAGCGACAGGAGAUUCAAAUGUGGGAAAACAGUCGCCACCAGUCGUUAGCGCAGUUCAGCAAAUGAAAAUAUCAACACAAGGUUCAACUCAAAACACUUCAGUUGGAGGCACGCAAACAUUUCAACGCAAGACAACUAGAAUUUAUAAGUGUCUUUCAUGCGAUUAUAAGACAUCUGACAUGCGUCUGUUUAAUACCCAUUAUGAAACAUGCAAAUCGCAAAAUUUCCAGUGUAAAAAUUGUAAGAAAAUUUUUCCGAACUUUGGUACUAUGAAACAGCACAUGGUGCGGGAACACAAUACCACUAUGGAUAAUACAUGCGCUGUAUGUCAUAUAAACUUUGUAAAUGAGCCGGCCUUGCGAAAGCACAUGGAAGCAAAUCACAGCACAAACGUAGUAGUAACAAGUACUACGACAAUUCCUGCAACACAGCUGGGGUCAGGCGAGAACGCUGGCGCUACAACGCCAUUAUACACAUGUAAUCAUUGUCAAUUCAAGUCCACAGAUAAGGCGCUCUUUGAUGAGCAUUUUAGAAAGCAUUUGUCCGGUGCAAAACCAAAACCAUUCAAAUGUCGGUUAUGCGCUCAACGAUUUGAGACACGAGAUGCGGCCACUCAACACGCUCGACAACAUCAGCCGAAUUACUUCAAAUGUGGCACCUGCUCAAUGUCCUUCCCCAAACGUGAAUUGCUGGUUAAACAUUUCGAAGUACAUCAGCAGCCCCAGCAACAGCAGACUACUAAUACAGCAGUGGUGCAACAUCAACAAAUAGUUACACAGUCGGCGCCCGUAGUGAAACAGAUAACAACAACUAAACAACAACAACCCACGUCUCAAAAUCUAUUAACAACACAAAAAUUGUUGCAAGAAACUAUCGACGAGGCAUUAAGUGACAAUACAGUAAAUACUGUUGUAAGUAGUGGCAAUACCGAUGUAUCAGCAGCCAACAACAUACGCUUCUUCUCCUGUCACAUUUGUUCACUGACAUUUAUACAAGAAAACUAUUAUAAUCAACACAUGGAGGCGCAUAGUCAAGACAAGGAAGGUAUUAGUAGUGGUAGUACGAGUGGUACUACUAUAACUACGUCUGCAUCAGCUACCUCGAGUGGCAAUAAUAUGCUCCACCCGAGUGCUGCAGCAUUGCUCAAUGACGACAACAAAGGUGACAAUGGUGAGGGCGGUGAUAUGUCGUCUCAUCAAGGUGUUGGUAGCGGUGUAGAAGCUGACAUUGAGAGCAUUUUUGAAAAAAUGCAUUCCGAAAAAAAUGAUAACGGUGGUGAUUCAGUAUCCGUUACAACGGGUAAUACUGUGGCUGGAACAAACACUGCGUCUACGGGUGGACAAAACAGUAAUGACAAUUUGGUUAUUACAUCACAGCAAGGCUCUGGGGGUAUCACAUUUAAUAUUACUAUUCCUCAGCCAGAUAGUGGAGCUGCACAAGAGGCAAGUGAGAGUACUAAAUCUAUACCCACAAGCAGUGCUCCAGUUUCAGUUAGCAUAGAUAUGCCUGUUUUAGAUCAACCUGACGAUGGUAUGACUUCCACGAAUGCUGAAAAAGCAGGAGGAAGUGGCAAUAAAGAAGAACAGGAGAGUGGUGGUAGUCUCGGGGUGGAACGAAAGAUUUCUGGUCCAGUUAGUAUGCCAAGUUUAGAUGAUGAUAAUGAUACGCAAGAGCAUGCACAACCCCAAGUGACGCAGGAUGAUAUGCCCGCGUUAGUGACAAAGAAAGGUGUUGAAACAGCAGAUGAACGUACUCGAGCUGAUCUAGAAAAAUCGAAAGAAACUGAACAAACAGCUAAAGAUGAGACAGGCACACCUGCUUCUGAGGAGGCAAACGCAAGCGCUGUGGGGGCUGCAGAUGCUAACGGAGAGGUCCACUCCGAACAUGGCACUGCGGCUGGAGAUGGAGAAGCAGAUCAUAAUCAACAACAAGUUGCAAUGGAAUUAGAUGAGUCAAUGCAAGCACAAGUAGAAGGCGGGCAAAUAAAAUUCAUACUUAAUGAAAAUGGACAGCUGCUGCAAUUAGAUAAUCACAUCAUAACCGAUGCUGAUGGUAAUCAAAUAUUAGUACAGGAUCCCGAACAAAUACAACAACUUCUACAAAGUGCCGGCCUCUUGCAAUCUGGUGAUGGUAUCGAUGGUGAAACAUUACAAAUGAUGACCGAUGGUAAUGGUCAAAUGGUUUUGGUGCAGGGUGAAAACAAUGAAACACAAUUGAUUGAUGCCUCGCUAUUAAAUGCCGAUGGUCAAUUGGUAAUACAGCAAGGUCAUGACGGUGAAUUGGGUGAAGGGGCGCAUGUAAUUGGUGAAGAUGGUACCCGCAUACCUGUAUCAGUAUCAUACACUGCCGAUGGUCAACCAAUUGUGAGAGUGCAACAGCAAAUGUUGGAGUCUGGUGGCGGUGAGGAGGAUCAACAGCAUGUUGUGCUUGAUAAAGAUGCGGCGAUGGCCGCAACUCAACAGGAGGGAACGCCGCAGGUAGCGGCUGAUAAUACAGCGGCAGCAAUAUCUGGAACAUCUGUAACGACAAGUGGCGUUGGUGCCUCAAGUAGUGGCAAUACAGCUGAUAAUGAGGAUAAUGUAGAGGUAGCUGGUGGCAGCGGUGAAGGAGCCAGUGGUAGUGGGGGUGGCGAAUUUUUCCCCUUGGAGGAUCUGAUGCAGCAGUCAGCGGAGAGUAAACCCGCGGAAUAGGAAUGGCUUUAGGGAAGCAUUAAUUGUACAAUUAUUGCAGACGAUUGGAAUUUCUAGGAUUUUAAACCAAACAACACACACCUGCAUGCUAUGGUGAGUUUGUCGGAACUAAAAGUGCCGCAUUUCAAGAGCUGGUGAAUAACUCAACAGAUGGAAUUUGGCGAAUAUGGCAAGUUAAAAACUGAAAAUAAAUAGAUUUUUAUAUUUUAAAAGAAAACAGUUUUGAAGUUAGCACAUAGAUAACUAUUAAUUAACUGUAGUUAUGAUUAAGUUGUAAAAUAAUGUGAAAAUAACAUAAAAUAAUAUUAAAACAGACGCAUAGAAAUUUUAAAUCUUGAUUCGUAUAAGGUAAUUAUGGGAUGAGUAUCAACAAAUAUAUAUAAAUUAAAUCAAAUAUUUGGGGGAGGAAUGUGUACUCAUUUUGAAAAUGACAUCCAAUUAAACUCA